AUGAUCCAUCGUUUUGCACUGGUGUCAAAAACCUUCCCUGAUGCACUUUGCAAGAUCUUGGAGGCAGUGGUUAAAUGUGUCAACUUUGUGAAAGCAGGAGAUCUGAACUCUCGCCUUUUCCAGAACCUUUGUAGAGGCAUGGAUUCAGAGCAUGAAGUCCUCCUGUUUUACUUGAAAGUGCGCUGGCUUUCCAAGAGUAAUGUUGUGAAUCGAGUGUUUGAACUUUGGGGAGAGCUUAAGUUAUUCCUGGAAGUGCAAGGGAAGGAUAAUCUCUUAGGUGACUUCAAUGAGGUGUUGUGGGAGCCACGUCUUGCGUACCUAGCAGAUAUAUUUGAGCAGCUAAACAGGCUGAAUCUCAAACUACAAGGCAAAGAAAGAAAGGUGUUUCACCUCAUAGAUUGUCUUCAUGCAUUUCUUGUCAAGCUCCAGAAUUGGCAAAGGAAAGUCGAUGCAGGAAAUGUUGCCAUGUUUGAGAAUCUUUCAACUGUUCCUGUUGAGAUUGAAGAUCAUCUGCUUGACCCAUCACUCAAAACUGAAAUCACUCAGCACUUGAAAUCCUUGAAAAGUGAGCUCAAAAGGUACUUUCCAGAAUUUGAGGAGGAAGAAGGGAAAUUGGUGAGGAAUCCUUUCUCUGGCACUCUUGAUAUUGCUGCCCUUCCCAAUGAUGUUCAAGACGAUUUCCUUAAUCUCAAGAACGAGUCUGCUGCCAAAGGCCUCUAUGGAGAACAAUCACUGACUGUAUUCUAG